AUGGAAGCAAAAAAUGCAACAGAACUGACAGAGUUUGUUCUCACAGGAUUUAAGUAUCAGUCAGAGUGGCAAAUCCCCCUGUUCCUGCUCUUCUUGAUAAUAUACCUCAUCACUCUCCUUGGAAACCUUGGUCUGAUUGCCCUCAUCUGCAAUGACCCUCACCUUCAUAUCCCCAUGUACUUAUUCCUUGGGAACUUGGCCUUUGUGGAUACUUGGUUAUCAUCCACAGUGACCCCCAACAUGCUGGUCAACUUCUUUGCCAAGAGCAAAAUGAUCUCUUUCUCUGAACGUGUUGUACAAUUUUUUUUUUCCUUUGCAAUCUGUGUAACCACGGAAUGUUUUCUGUUGGCAACUAUGGCAUAUGAUCGCUACGUGGCCAUAUGCAAACCAUUACUGUAUCCAGUGAUUAUGACCAAUAGACUAUGUAUGUGGCUGUUAGUUCUACCUUUUUUAGGUGGCCUUUUCCAUGCCACAUUUCAUAAUGCUUUUUUAUUCAGGUUAACGUUUUGUGAUUCUAUCAUCAUACAUCACUUUUACUGUGACAUUAUACCACUGUUUAAGAUUUCCUGUACUGACCCUUCCAUUAACUAUCUGAUGGUAUUCAUCUUCCCUGGGAUAAUACAGGCAUUCACUAUUUCCAUUGUUCUUGUCUCUUAUACAUUUGUUUUCUUUACAGUCUUAAAAAAGAGGUCUCUACAAGGUAUAAGGAAGGCCUUCUCCACCUGUGGAGCCCACCUCCUAUCUGUGUCUUUAUACUAUGGGCCUCUUCUCUUCAUGUAUAUGCUGCCUGGAUCUGCACAAAAAAAUGGUCGAGAUAUGAUGGACUCUCUAUUUUACACUGUCAUAAUUCCUUUCUUAAAUCCAAUUAUCUAUAGCCUGAGAAACAAGAAAGUCAUAGAUUCCCUGACAAAAAUGUUAAAGAGAAAUGUUUAG